GAACCAUUCCGUGGACAGUACGCUGUGUGUACAUUAGAUUGAGUGACAUUGCACGUGUCGAGGACUAAAAUGAAGAUGAUCGUAUGGGUCGCAUUUAGUUGUCGAGAAUUUAUCGAACAUUUCACGUGUCAUAGAUUCCGACAUGUGCGAUUCUGCCCCCUCGAUUUUUAUUACAUUUCAACACUUACUACGUGCCCCACCAUACCGGCUUGCUCUUCCCCACACAACUGCCUUUUCUUAUUUUUGGCACAUCACUAUAGGGGUGGUAGCGCUGCAGCAGGUAUCAUAUUUUUCUUUUUUUUUCAGCUUUUCUCUGAAUACUCGUACUAGCGUCCUCGUCAAGGUUACUGCGCGGCCCUUCAUUAAAGUUCAGCUAGCGUAUACCGUCAAUGCCUCUUCGGGUUUUACUCGCUUACUGAUACAUGCGGAAUAACAAAAUUACUUCAGCCUCUGAUUUCUUUAUUUGGUUGCUACAGUUGGCUGUUCAGUUUCCCCUAAGGGCAUAGAGUCAAGGAAGAAUUUUUGGUAUAAAAGGGUGCACCACAUCCCACACAUUCAGCAGUUGGCCCAACAGCAGCUACAAAGUCACCAUGAUCCGUGCCUGCGUCCUCUUGGCUCUUGCCACCAGCGCUUUCGCUGGAUACACCGGCUACGGUCUUGGCUACGGCGGUCUUGGAUACGGCUAUGGUCUCGGCCACGCCUACGGUGGUCUUGGAUACACCGGCUACGGUCUCGGCUACGCCAGCUACGCUCCGGCUGUGCACACCGUUGCCCACGCUGCUCCAGCUGUCACUACCGUUGCCCACGCCCCAGUCGCCACCUAUGCCGCUGCUCCCGCCGUGACCAGGGUUGCCGCCUACCACGCCGCCCCUGCUGUUGCCACUUAUGCCGCUGCUCCAGCUAUCGCCACCUACGCUGCUGCUCCAGCCGUGACCAAGGUCGCCGCCUACCACGCCGCCCCGGCUGUUGCCACUUAUGCCGCUGCUCCAGCUUUCGCCACCUACGCUGCUGCUCCAGCGGUGACCAAGGUUGCUACCACCUACCACGCCCCAGCUGUCGCCACCGUGGCUCACGCUCCAGUCGCCACUUACGCUGCUGCUCCAGCCGUGGCUACCUACGCCGCUGCCCCAGCUGUCACUGCUGUUCACCACGCCCCAGCUGUAGCCACUGUCGCUCAUGCUGCCCCAGUUGUUGCCGGCUAUCACGCCGCCCCAGUGUACAACUACGGUGUUGGCACUCUCGGCUACGGUGUUGGCCACUACGGCUACGGUCACGGUCUCCUCGGCUACGGCCUGAACUACGGCUACGGCCUUGGCUCUCCCGUCCACUACGGUGCCCUUCUCCGCAAGAAGAAGUAAACCAUUCAUCUCUAAGUUGUUUGAAGAAAAAGAAGAUGGACACAUCUGCAUCAGACUUGUGCCCUCUUCGACCACGGACACAAUUGUAUAAUAAAGCUGUGCUUCACAACAAUACAA